UUCUUAGUUUACUAUGGUACAAGUUACUUAAUGUCAUGUUGCAUGGCACGCGACGUGAAGUCGCACUCUGCUUUACUCUGCUGAUAUUUGUUGUAACUGUGACAAUUUAUCUUACUGUCUUUUCUCUACAUGGAUCAAGUGCAGCCAUCAAGAUUCAACUUAAAGCAAAAUUGUCCGAAGCGUUUAGACCAGAAGAAGAGUUGAAUGAUUUUCCAACACGACGUCUUGUAACUUCCAUUCCACAAAAUGAGUUUUCGAUCAAUCAGACUGUGAAAUAUGCAUCUGAUGGAGGUUUACCUGUAAAUGCAGGAGAGGUAUUGUCAGACAGUCAACGUCAGUAUCACAAGCAACAACAAAUCAAACAUGCAUUCAAUGUGUUGAUAAGUGAUCGGAUUGGUCCUGUUGCAAGACCUGUUCCUGAUACAAGACAUGAAAUAUGUCAUAAGAAAUCAUACUCCAAUAUCAGUGUCUCAGCAUCAGUUAUUGUUUGUUUUCAUAAAGAAGCAUUCUCAGCAUUAGUUCGUACUGUUGCAUCUGUGAUUGAAAGAACUCCACCACAACUUUUGCAAGAGUUAAUAUUGGUUGAUGACUUUAGUGAUAACGAAGAAGAAAAUGAAAAGCUUGUUUCAUAUUUGGAACAACACUACCCAUAUGGUAAAGUAAGAGUUAUCCAUGCAGAAGCAAGGUUGGGACUGAUUGGAGCAAGGCUGAUGGGAGCAAAAGAGGCCAGUGGUGAUGUGCUGGUGUUCCUGGAUUCUCACUGUGAACCCAAUGUUGGUUGGAUUGAGCCAUUAUUGGACAUUGUGCAAAUGAACAGAUCCACUGUUGUCUGUCCUGUAGUAGAUAUUAUUAAUUCCAUGACGAUGUCAUAUAUCGCAUCACCUGUUUUACGCGGUGGUUUCAACUGGGGUCUACAUUUUUCUUGGGAAGAUUUACCCUAUAUGGUUGAAGAUCCAUCAGAGCCCUUUGCUUCCCCUACCAUGGCUGGAGGAUUGUUUGCAAUUAAUAGAAUGUAUUUUAAAGAGAUUGGUUAUUAUGAUGAAGAUAUGAAAGAAUGGGGAGGAGAAAAUCUGGAAUUGUCGUUUCGGUUAUGGAUGUGUGGUGGAAGAUUAUUAAUAGCUCCCUGUUCUAGAGUUGGACAUAUAUUUCGAAGACGACGUCCAAACUCUAUACAAGAAGUUGAUAAUCCGACAAGAAACGCUGCUCGUGUCGCAGCAGUUUGGCUCGAUAAUCACAAAACAAAUUUCCUUGAGAAGAGAACAACAGCAAAAACACUGGAUUAUGGUGAUAUUUCUUCACGAGUGAAAUUGAGGAAGGAUUUAAAAUGCCACGACUUUGACUGGUAUCUCAAUAAUAUAUACCCUGAGAUAGAAAUACCCGGUAUAAGAAAGAGCAAAAUCAAAUACUAUCGGCCUACAUCAAUGGACGAAUGGAAAAAUAUCAAGCGAGGCCACAUUAAAGUCACUGAUCUUGAUUUAUGUCUCCAAAGCGAUGAGGAGAAAGGAUCGCUAAUAGUUGCGACAAAAUGUGAUCCAACUUCUUCAUCUCAGUUAUGGAGAAUGUCAGGAAUGGGUGAAAUAAAAUUUGGAAGUGAAUCAAGAUUAUGUAUGGAUGCUGGAAGUUCUGAAAACCCGAGGUUAAUGAAAUGCAACGGAGAGGAAGGAACGCAGAGUUGGAGUUUCUUUCCUAGAUAUUUCCAGGAUAACUUCUCAAAACAUGGUGAGACAACCGGUAGAUUGUACAGCGCUUCAGAAGGUCUCUGCCUACAAUUAAGUGGAGGAGAUUUGAAAGAAGAAGAAUAUGAACUUAUUAUGCAAAUAUGCAGCAGUCCGUCGGUACAAACCUUUACAAUGCAAACAUAAUCUAACAUGAUACAAAAGUACUUUGGAAAGAUACAAAAUAUAUAUUAUAUCGUGAUUUUAACAUACAAACAAGCAAAGCAUUUUCCACCCUGCACUUACCUGAUUUCCAUGUCAUUGAUCCCCACUAUCUUGGAAAUAGUCUUUGUUUGUGAUUCAUCGAGGUGAUGUGUACUUUAUAUCAUUCAACAUACAUAUUGGUUACUCUCUUUCAUUCUUGUAUAUUCAACUCUGGGAUUUUGAAAUAUUUGGAUAUCUAUCAAAAGUUUCUAAUUAUUUUGUUCGUCGUGUUAUAUUACAUUUAUAACAUACGGGAUUCUUUCGUUUGUUGACUUUCUUUUCAAAAUUGGUUUUUAAUUGUAUUGAAAGAUUGUUAUGCAUUUUUAUAUAGAUUUGGAAUCUUUUGGUAGAAAACCCUCUGCAUGAAUUUUAAAUUAUACCCGAAGCAAAACAUAGCUAAUUAAACCAUUUACCUAUAAUCAUAUAUCCACUUCAUUGCGUAACAUAACAAAUUCAAUUUAUCUAUAAACAAUAUGCCUGAAACCAAUAAGAGGUUACACGAAAGGUUUUCAUGCAAAACUAUUAGAAGUAUGAAUUUUUCAAAAUGUAGUGUUUAGUUUUGAUGACACAAUGAUAAAAUAGAAGUCAGUGAUUUCAAUGUUGAAUUACGUCUAUAACAGAUAGGUAAUUCAAUGUGAUACAGUGUGUGAACCAAUAAAAUAUUGAAAUUUCACAGAAAUUUAAUAGUUGUCAUGGAGUGAUUUCAUGCAAUCCUUGUUCAGAGGCAUUUGUUUCUGUAAUUUAAAUUUUUCAGUAUAAUUUUGUUAUAAAACUUCAAUUUUUUUCUUGGCUUUAUUUGAAAUUGCUUCUGCUAAAACAGUAACUUUGUUUGAUAUGUCUUGUUGGCCGGCAUUACUGCCACCUUUUUUAUGUAUUUGUUGAAUAUGUGGGUAUUUUGUCAUACCUUCCUCUUUUACAACAUAUAUUUUCCCAGUAUAAUUGUUUUUGUAUGUUGGAACAGUCUUAUGAAGUGCCCACUCAUGAUCCUAUCGCUAUUGAUUGAUAUUAAUCCAUACCGUAAGCUAAAAUUUUAUCAUUAUCUUGAUUCAGCACUGUGAAAUGAUCUUUUUGUAGCAUUUGAUGAUUUUUUUAUAUAAGUUUCAUCAAGAUUGUGACAGUCACUGGGAUGUCUUGCCUUAGCAUCCUUUUCUCCUAUACUCAUGAGAUAAAAUGGUAUAUCUUACACGACAUGGCCGGAUGUUAUGAUUUCAUUUUUUUUUGUGGUAUUUAUGAUUAUAGAGAGCUAAGUAAUCCUGCAA